UGUCAAUGUCAGCAUGCAUGAAAAGAAAACAAUCAAAAGUUCUCAUGUAAUUUUGUUCAAUACAAAACUUAUAUAAAUAAAUUUCAUUUACUGUUGUUAGUCUUUCAUCAGUUAAAAGUGAGAUCUUUAUCUGUGUUAAAACUUCGAAUGUGUAAUAUUACUUUACUGAGAAAUUGUUGUUACUCGUGCUUAGUGUUAGGUUAGAAUUUUAUUGAUGAAUACCGGCCAGGGGAGAUUUGGGGGCCGCCGGGGUGGCAAUCGGGGGAAUUAUAACAGAGGUGGUGUUUGGAAUCAGGGGAACUUUCGAGGGCAUGCGCGUGGCGGGCCCCGCGGCUUUUCGCGUGGCGUCUCUGGCGGACAAAGGGGCUUCCAACGCAAUAAUCCACCAUGGAACCAGCGAAAAAGAGAAAUGCCUACGAAAAGGUUGACAGAGGAAGAAAUCGGCGUUACAGAGUACUUAUCCGAUCAUGAGGGAUUCAAUGGAAUUAUUAAAUCAAGAUAUUCAGACUUCCAAGUAUCAGAAAUCAAUGAGAAAGGUGAAAUAGCAAAACUAACAGACCUUUCCACACCCGAGCCCCCUAAAGAGGAACCAGUUAAUGAAGAUGAGCAAUUAUUCUCCAAGUACAACCUUGAGAUCCUACCGAUUGAGACGUGGGACGCCAUCAACAAACUGCUCAUGACCGAAAAGCCCACUGAUGAGAAGGUUGAAAUAGACGUGACGGGCAUGAGCAAAGAGCAAAGAACUAAGAUACACGACGCGGUAAAGAAAGCGUUCACUGACGCCAUAGUUGGCAGCACUGUCACUGUAGAAGAUAAAAAGUUUGUGCGUUUCGAGAGGUAUCGCAAGGGUGUGCGCAUAGACAAUAGAGUGAAAUGGAAUUGGCCCGGGGAAUAUCUUUACUUCAUAGUGCACAAGGAGAAUUGUGAUACUAUGGAGGCGGCUGUCAAAAUUGCUGAGCGGCUGAGGCUGAACAUCAAACCCACAAUGCUAGGCUACGCCGGUACAAAAGAUCGUCGCGCAAAAACCUCCCAGUGGUUCAGCUUGAAGAAGACGGACCCGAGGCGCGUGGCGGCCGCGUGUAAGGACAUGAGGGAAAUUCACGUUGGAAAUUUCAGCUUCAGCGCGGAAAACCUCAAGCUGGGCUCGCUCAAGGGGAACCAAUUCCGCAUCGCACUUCGCAAUGUAACCGCGGACGACUCUAUAAUAGAUAAAGCGUGCGAGUUGUUGCGAGACGUGGGCUUCAUCAACUAUUAUGGUCUCCAGAGGUUCGGAGUGAGACGGGACACGCCUACUUACGUGGUGGGGAGAAAGUUGUUACAGGGACGAAUGCAAGAGGCAAUCGACAGCAUUCUCGAGGAGCGCCCCGGCGAGCCGCCGGCGCCGCGCUCCUCGAGACACGUCGAGGCGACUUUGCUGAAAGCGCUUGCGAAAGCGCCUAAUGAUUUGGUUGGAGCUCUUAAUAAGAUGUCACGCAACACUCGCCUUUUGUAUCUUCAUUCGUACCAAUCUUUUAUAUGGAACUGCGCCGUGUCUCGCCGUUUGCGGACCCUGGGCAACAAACCCGCCGUGGGGGACCUCGUACCCCUGGCCAGAGUUAACGAAGUAAUUUCAGACGACCUAGGCGGUAUAGACUCAGACGAAGACGAAGACCAAGAGAUGACAGAAAAGAAAAGCGAGAGUGAGACAGCAACAUCUACAACGGAAAAGAAAGAAAAGGACAGCAAGCAAGACAAAGUUCCUGUUAAGAUUUUGAAUCAAGAUGAUAUUGAUAGCGGGCGAUAUACGAUUUUCGACGUUGUUAUGCCGUUGCCAGGGUACAAUAUUGAGUACCCGCCGAAUAUGAAGGAUUAUUACGAAGAACUGUUGAAGAAAGAUGAUUUGACGUUGGAGUUGAGGCAUAAAAUCAAGAGUUACAGCAUGUCGGGCGCGUACCGCCACCUGCUGGCGCGGCCGCGCGGCCUGCGCUGGCGCAGCGUGCGCUACGGCGACCCGCGCGCCGACCUCAUCCUGUCUGACCUCGACCUCGUGCAGGAGAGGCGGCUCACCGGGAUACUGCCGGACGGCAAGUACAAAGCGCUGCUGCUGACAAUGUCGUUGCCAGCGAGCUGCUACGCCACCAUGGCGCUCCGGGAACUCCUCAGGGUGGACACCUCCAGCCACCAGCACGCCGCUCAGAACAACUACCACGGCGCAGACAGGAAGAGGGAUAGGGAGGGUGCAGAUAAGAAAGAUGUGACAGAAAGCGGAACAGAAGAAAUAAAAAAUGGCGGCGCAGAGAACAAGACGACGGAAGAAGAAACUUUAGAAAUUGCUGCGAAGAAAUCUAAAAUGAGUGCAGCGACAGACGAAAAUUAUACUUAGUUUGUCAAUAUAUAGAGUUUAAGUUGAA